GAAACCAGAAACAAAAAGUAAAUCCAGUGCAAUGCAAUGCAAACAAAAACCCAGUAAUAUAUAAUAAACAAAUACGAGAAAGUGCGUGGUCUAAUCGAAAUCAAGUAUACGCCCCGUUAGCCGGCUAAUUUGAUCUCCAUCGAAAACUCUAAACAUUUCACUUCCUUCGAAGAUAUCGCCGCCGUCGCGUUGACAAAAACUGGAAAAGCUGGGAAAAGCAUAGCCAGGACGAUGGCGCUUUCCAAACGGCCCCUCACCAAGGACACGCCCCUGUCCGAGAGCAAUGGCAACCACGCCAAUGGCAAUGAGCACGAGACCUCCAUCAAGCGGCGCAAGCGUUGCAGUCGCGACGAGGACUCCGCAAUGGCCAUAAAUAAUAACAACAAUAAUAAUAAUAAUAAUAAUAACAAUAAUAACAACAACUUGCCACAGAAGAAACGCAAACAGGGCUCUGGUCACAUUGCCGAUAGUCCAGAGACCAGUCCCACCGCCUCCUUGCCCACUCCCUUGGCCAACGGCAACGGCAAGGGCAGCAACACGGACGCCGACCAGGACGACGAGACCCUCAUCCGCGAGACUCAGGCCGCCCUGAAGAGCCUCUCCGGCAGUUGGCCCGACGCCCGGGGCAAUCUGUAUCGGCUGCAGGAGCAGGACGAGAAUCCACCGCCCUUCCAGAAUCUCUUCGAGGAGAAGCAAAAGUAUGAGGCCAUCUCAGCCAGCUCAACGAAUCCGAAUGCGAAUCCCAUCUCACGUUUCCACAGACAAAAGGAGAACUUGGAGGUGCGCGGCAAGAUGGGCGGCAAGGAGGAGGAUCGUGAUCAGGAUCAGGAUAACGAACUGGAGGACACUUUGGGCCCGGCGGCCUAUGCCCAGGCGGCGUCGGCCUUCAAGCCACCGAUAGAUAUCAUCAAACGGAAUUAUGUGGCCGCCGCUCAUGCCCAUUAUAGUGCCUAUAAUGCGGCCGCUGCAGCGGAAUCAGCAGCGGGAUUGGCCUACUAUGGUUAUGCCGCUGCCGCCGCCGCCAAUCAACAGCAGCAGCAGCAGCAGCAACAGCAACUGAGUACCGCCUUCGAUAUUGCCAGCCAGCUGGGCGAGAAGCCGCGGCCCAAGGAACCGAUGGCCGAUGGCAAACAGUACACGAUCCUCCAGCCGGCGGGCAUCGGCAGUCGGGCGGCCUCGGUGAUGCAGGACAUUGCCUCGCGCGAGGGCGUUGUGGGCGUACCGCUUGUGGCCACGCCCCCAUCGUCGGCGCCGGCCGGGAGUCCAGCGGCAGGACCCUCGACUCCUUCGACCCCGGCGCCCAGUUACUCGCCGGGCAGCCAGAAUCGCGCCGGAGAACUGGAGAAACAGCACGAGAAGGAGCUGCAUCCGCUGGACAAACUGAAGCUGGCCUCCAAUCACUAUCUCAACAAUAACAACAGCAACUGUAUCAACAACAACAACACGAAAUCUCUAAGUGGCAACAACACAACGAUGCCGAUUAUAAAAUCGGAAUACAGUCCCGUAGCCAGCAUUAAAUCGGAAUACAAUAAGAGCCCCAUGCACUCGUAUCUCUCGGGGGAUGCGGCCACGCCCGCCCCCGCCGCCCCCUCAUCGGCGAGUGCCGCCCAAGCGCCGCGUUCCGGAUCCGCCAGCGGUGCAUCAGCCUCGAAUGGAGAGAACAACCUGCAUGCACCGCAUCUGAGUCGCUUUGUGGGUCUCCAGAGUCCGCCGCAUCAGCCGCAUCUCAAUCCGCAUGGCCACCACCAGCAGCAACAGCAACAGCAGCAGCAGCAGCAGCAGCAGCAGCAGCAGCAACAGCAGCAACAGCAACAGCAGCAACACACCUUGCACCAGCAGCGUGGGCCCUUCAUAGAGGGCAACGAUGUGCCCGAUCCUUCCGCCACCUAUCACUCGGAACACCAGCAACAGCAACAGCAGCAGCAGCAGCAACAGCAACAGCAGCAGCAGCAGCAACAGGCCGACGAGCGACAGCAGCAAUACGAGCAGAUGCGCUACGCCCAGAGUCAUGUGAGCGUGGGUCCCGGAGGUGAACUAAUGGCUCCCAACGGAGGCGAACUGUCGCCGGGAACGGCGAGAAGCGCCUACGAAGCGCAUCCCGGCCAUCCGCAUCCGCAUCCACAUCCCGGCCAUCCCGGACAUCCGCAUCCACAUCCGCCCGUCUCGCUGAGCUCCCUCAGCUCGCCAGCCUUCAGCGUGGAUGCCGUGACGGCGGCCAGCGGAGCGGGCUUCGAGCGUUACGAUCCCAGCGGCACGAUCUGUUGCCCCAGCAACGGCCAAAGGGCCACAGCGGCCACGGCGGCCACCGCGGCGGGCGCUUCAGCGGCAGCGGCUGCCUAUCACUAUCUGCCACAGACCACCGACGAGAUGCAGGCCCAGCAGCAGAAGUACCUGCAGGAGCAGCAGCUGAUGCUGGCCAAGGCGGAGCACGAGGAGCUGGCCAACGGCGGACAGCCGCUGUAUCCGCGGCCCAUGUAUCACUACGAUCCCACGAUGGGUCCCCUGCCGCCGGGCUUCUCGGCCAUCAAUCUGUCGGUUAAGAUGGCCGCCGCCCAGGCAGCAGCUGCAGCGGCCGCAUACCAAAAUCAACAGCAGCAACAGCAACAGCAGCAGCAGCAACAACAGCAGCAGCAACACCACCAGCAACAACAACAGCAACAGCAGCAGCAGCACGGCAAGCAGAGCAGCUCGCCCGCCCCCAAUGUGGGCGGUGUGCCGGCGGUGGACCUGAGUGGUUCCACCUCGGUGACGAGCAGCAGUCCGCACGGUUUCAAUUCGCCAGCCUCGCACAACCAGUACACCGCCCAGCGGAUGGGCAACGGCAGUCCGCAGCCAGGAGCCAGUCCGAACAUAGCCAGUCCCCAGGUGCCCAGUCCCCAGGGUCAGACGUUGGACCUGAGCGUCACCCGUUUGCCUCACAGCAUUAUUACGAGUCCGCAGUACGGAGCCGAUGGCCUGGUAGUGGGUCAUGCCCAGGGUUUCGUGAGUGGAGCGACGGGACCUCUGGGUCCGGGCAAUGGUGGACCACCGCGAUCGCCGCAAAUGGAACCGGUGGACUUUAGCGGACCUCCGAGACCGCUGGGCUUCGGCCUGGUGGGCCACAUCAGCGGUCCGCGUCCCUAUAGCCGCGAAUCCACGCCGGACAGCGGCGGCUCUCACUAUAUCGAAACGUAUCGGGAUCCCAGUGGCUACUCACCGCACCCUGGCUACGGGAUGGUGGUCCAAUCGGACUAUCCGCCCGCUGGAUAUCACGGCUACGGCCCAGCUGCCUACCAGUGCAGCAAUCCGUACGCCACGGCCGUCGGUCCCGGUGGCUAUCCCACGCCCGUUUCCGGCGGCUACUCGCCCAGUCCGGCCACCUGCUACUCGAUGCCACCGCCACAGCACAUCCCGCAGCACGACAAGUCCAAGGACGGAUUGACGGGCUGCUCGCGCUCGGACCGCAAUCAUCUGCAAUCGCACUCGCAGGAGCUCAAGUGCCCCACGCCCGGAUGCGAUGGCUCCGGUCAUGUGACCGGGAACUACUCCUCGCACCGCAGCCUCUCCGGCUGUCCCAGGGCCAACAAGCCGAAGAGCAAGCCCCGCGAUGGCCAGGACUCGGAGCCCCUGCGCUGUCCCAUUCCGGGAUGCGAUGGCUCCGGCCAUUCCACCGGCAAGUUCCUCUCCCACAGAAGUGCUUCGGGCUGUCCGAUUGCCAAUCGCAACAAGAUGCGUGUCCUGGAAGCCGGCGGCACUGUGGAGCAGCACAAGGCCGCUGUGGCAGCUGCCACGGCCAUGAAGUUCGAUGCCUGCACCACGGUGGGCAGCCAGGGCAUCAAGAAGCCCAAGUUCGAUGAGGUCACCAUGGUCUAUCCCAAGGGCUAUACAGGCGGCAGCGGUUUGGACAUUGUCAUGGGCGGCGUAGGAAGCAGUGUCGGCGUGGGACUCGGUCUAACGGGGUCACUCGGCAUCGGGGUCACCAGUAGCAGCAGCGGCAGCAGUAGCGGCGGCAAUAACAACACGAAUAACAGCGGAAGCGGCAGCAGCAACGCCAGCGGAACCGAAAAGAAUCCAUCCGUAGGCGGUGGUCCCACUUCGGGCGCCACUGGUAGCGAUGACCUAAACACCCUGGAGGCCGAGAUAUCCGAGCUGCAGCGGGAGAAUGCACGCGUGGAAUCGCAAAUGAUGAGGCUCAAGUCCGAUAUCAAUGCCAUGGAGUCGCAGCUGAGCACCAGCGAUCGGGAGGCUUCUCCAUUGAGCGGUCAUCAGCAGCAGCAACAGCAGCGCUCCUCGGCGGCUUUGGCCUCGCCCAGCGGUCAAUCGCCAUUCGCCAGUGUCAGCUCCACCAGUGGCACGUCCACCGUGUCCAAUGGAGCCACCACCAACGGCCAGGGGAGCAGCAGCACCGCCAAUGCCAACGAUCUGAACCACUCGAUCAGCAAUCUGGCGCCCAGUUCGGGCAGCAAUCCCAACCAGACCAUCGAUGGACUGGGAGCACCGCCCAAUGCCAAUCUGAACAACUACUACGAGAGCCUGAGGAACAAUGUGAUCACGCUGCUGGAGCAUGUGCGUCUGCCCCCACCGCCGCCGCCGCCGCCUGGCACGGCCACGCCCAGUUCCUCGGCGGUCCAUGGGCUGGAUAAUGUGUGCGGCGGUGGUGCCGCUGGAGGAGAGCAUGCGACGGCCUACUCCACGCUCCUGCCGCCGCCACCGCUACCUUCCUCGGGUGGCGGAGGUCCCUCCUCCUCCGGCGGCGGUAUGUACGGCGGAGGUGGUAAUGCCGGUCUGCAUCAGGGAACUGGUUCAAGUGGCGGCCUGGGAUCUGUGGGACCGCCACCCGUGCCGCCACAUCAUCAUCCCUACACGGUGCAUCAUCCCGUCAGCUAUGCCCAUCCGCAUGCCCAUCCGCACGCACAUCCGCAUCCCCACGAGCACUUCGACUCGUACAUCUCGAAGCUCCAGUCGCUGUGCGUGCCCCCCGAUGUUUAUGCCCUGCCCGAGGAUGCGGAACGGCCCGUCUACAACUCGGUGAAGCCCACCAUGCACCAGGACUACGGUAAACUGAUGCCGACACCCAUCUAAGAACGCUGAGAAUCAAAAGAAGAGCCCAAGCAACUGGUGACCCCAAACUAGAGCCACAUCCCGUCCAGGGCUCAAAGGAGAACAAGUGUAAAUAAAUACGAGACGUAGGAUCUAAGAGGUUAAACUGGCGUUAUUCAUAGGCCUGACUUCAAGGCAGACUAUACAAAAAUUACAGGAGGGACAGGAGCCAGAGUGUCGGGGUCACCCCACCCGAGCAUCCUCGAUGUAGAGAUAAAACUAGUUAUUAGGCAUGGGAACCCAGCCACUUUGUUGGUCGGGACAAUGCUAGUCCUUAGUACUUAGAAACGUUCCACAUCCUAGAUCGUCGUGUGUUGAUAGCAACUCUGUAAAAAAAAAAGCAAGAAGGGAAAACCAAACAUAAGUGUGUAAUUGGAUUAUGAAUUUCAAUUUUUUUUUGUCUGUAUCAAAUACUAAAACUAGAAGUUAUUGAAAUCGAUAUAUAUAUAUAUAUAGAAAACCCAAGUAUAUGUUUAUAUGUAGGGCAUUUGUUUGGUGUUAAUGUCUGGUCAAUUUUUUGCAUACGGAACGCAAGAUGUUCGCAACUACUUAAUAGACCCUCCCCAGUUCCACGUAGAACCCCCCCCCCUGCCUCAUAUCCCCCGCAGGCUAAGUUUAGUUUAGUGGCAAAGUCGAAAACACCAAAAGUGGAAAAACGAAGUAAAAUACAACUUAUAAACAUGAAAAUAUAAUCAAUACUAAACUUAGUGGAUGUAAUCGUACGAUUUUUUUUGUUUUUUUUUUGUGUAACUGUAAUAUUAAAAUGUAUUAGGCAUAGUAAUAUCAAGCGAAUAUCUAAAACUAUAAUGGAUAAGAGUGUGUGAAAGAGAAGUGAGAACGAGAACGGGGCGGCAAUACAUACAUAUAGUCGGGAAAUCGGAUCACGCGUACAUACGCAGAUUAUAUCAGUAUGUGUGUAUAUGUGUGCCUGCUUUUCUGUAGGAUCGUAAGUUUUAAUGUUACCCCUUACGAAAUACGAAAUCGGGCAAGAGGCAUUAACCAAGACCCCAAAAAGAAAAAAGGAGAUCUAAAAAAUAGAUUAAAAUUCAGUGCAAUACAUUCAACCAAACGAGGGCAAAGCGAAAAACCAAAAUCGUAAUAAACUAAUUGUGUAAGCUUAAGUAAACAAAGUAGUUGAACAAAAAGUCACGUUUUUUUUUUGUAUCGUCAUACGUCUAAUCUUAAACCUAACUAUAACUAAAUAAAACGAAGGAAAUAAAUCGUAGAACGGAGAAGGGAGGAGGCAACCCCAAAACCGCAAGGUAAUUUAGACGAAUUUUAAAAAACCAAAAAACCAAAUCGAAAAAGUUUAAAACAAAAGAAAACGAAGGGCAAGGA